AUGUCUGCGGAACUCUGUUUUGCGGGGUUUUUCUUGGGCUCUGGCGUCUCUCCAACCACACUCGUUGUCCUUGUCAUUCUAGCCUUUCCCUGCACAUCAUUUCCCCGUAUACCCUUUCCUCCACCAGCAAUCAUCAAGAUGCGUUUCACGAGCACUGCUGCUGUCCUGGCCCUGGCCACCCUGGCCACCGCCGCUCCCGAGCACUCGCACCACACGACGACGUCGUGCACCGCUCACCACCACACGCGCCCUCACCCCUCGGUCUUGACGGCUCACCACGAGCACUCGACUUCUUGCACGUUGACCAAGAGCAAGCACCACCACCACCACUCGAGCUCGACCUGCACCUCGUCGCACAAGAGCAAGCACACGGGCGGCAGCAUGUCGGCUCACCACCACCACCACCACUCGACCACGACUCCUUGCACCAAGGAGAAGCACCACCACCACCACCACUCGACCACCUCUUGCCCCCAUGGUAAGCCCACCACUCCUUGCCCCUCUGGCAAGCCCACCUCUGGCAAGCCGUUCCACCACAAGCACACCAGUGCCAUGGAGCCUCACCACCCGCACUACAGCCAGAGCCGUGACGACCAUCCGGCGAAGCCCUCGCCCACCUGGGGCAACUCGGGCAGCGGCAUGGGCGGCUACAACGGCAACAACAACGGCAACAACAACAAUGACAACAACAACAACAACGCCAACAACAACAAUGCCAACAACAACAAUGCCAACAACAACAACAACUACAACAAGGGCGAAAUGCCCGGCAAGCCUACCCCCGCCGUCGUCAAGACUGGCGCGGGCGCCAAGGUCGGCCCCCAGGCUGCCGCCGCCCUCGUUGGCGCUGCUGCCCUCUUCGCCGCCCUGUAA